CUAUUUCCCACUCAAAAAGGCGGGAUCUUUAUCUUCUUCGCUAUCCGCCGUUAGGGUUUUUUUUAGAACAGCAAGAGCGAUCGAAGGCCAAUUUUUUCUACUUGUAAAAGGUGUAAGAAGAGGCGAAAGGCAUACAGAAGCGAGUUUUUUUAGUUAAUACCAAAGAUGUCCGCUUAUGGAGUAGCUGUAUCUGGCACAUUUCACCAGACCCUUAAGACGAAGUGUUAUGGAUCAGAUCCCAAGAUUCAUAGGACAGAUAUGCUGCCAAAUCAUAUUACACUCAACAAUAGGAGACCUUACAAUGCUCUUAGUGCCCGAGGAAGCUUAGUGGCUGGAAGACCAUCUCCAUCUGUGUCAGUAACUGAUUCCAAUUCUGGAGGAAAAACAAAUAAUUUGAAGGAUUACCCACUGAAGGAAGCAGAUCCUGAACUGCAUGCUCUUAUUCAGAAGGAGAAGCAGCGCCAAUUUAACUGUUUAGAGCUUAUAGCUUCUGAAAAUUUUACUUCUCGGGCAGUGAUGGAAGCAUCUGGUUCUUGUCUAACAAAUAAGUACUCAGAAGGAUUGCCUGGUAAAAGAUACUAUGGAGGAAAUGAGUAUAUUGACCAGGUUGAGAUGCUCUGUCAACAGAGAGCAUUGCAAGCAUUCCACCUAGAUGAAAAUAAGUGGGGCGUAAAUGUGCAACCGCUCUCUGGAUCUCCUGCUAAUUUUGAAGUUUACACUGCUCUUCUUAGUCCUCAUGACCGAAUAAUGGGGCUUGACCUACCUCAUGGAGGCCAUCUGUCUCAUGGUUUCAUGACACCUAAAAAAAGAGUUUCAGGCACUUCUAUAUUUUUUGAAUCUAUGCCUUACCGCCUUGAUGAGUCAACAGGCUACAUAGAUUAUGAUAUGCUUGAAAAAACAGCUGCUCUCUUCCGACCUAAGAUCAUUAUUGCUGGAGCAAGUGCAUAUUCUAGAGAUUUUGAUUAUCCUCGUAUGAGGAAGACAGCAGAUGCUGUUGGUGCAUUUCUAAUGAUGGACAUGGCCCAUAUAAGUGGGCUUGUUGCUGCUCAAGUAGUUGCUGAUCCCUUUGAGUAUUGUGAUAUUGUUACAACGACCACACACAAGUCUUUACGAGGGCCUCGUGGCGGCAUGAUCUUUUACAAGAAGGAGCCUGUUUUGAAUGUUGAUUUAGAAUCCUCUAUCAAUAAUGCUGUCUUCCCAGGCUUGCAGGGUGGCCCUCAUAAUCAUACAAUUGCUGCUCUUGCUGCAUGUUUAAAGCAUGCCCAAUCACCUGAAUUCAAGGCUUAUCAACUUCAGGUUGUAUCUAAUUGCAAAGCUCUUGCAUCAAGGCUGACUGAAUUGGGUUACAAGCUUGUUUCUGGGGGAACUGAUAAUCACCUUGUUCUGUUGGAUUUGAGACCACAGGGCAUUGACGGUGCCCGGGUUGAGAAGAUCUUGGACAUCAGUUCCAUCACUCUCAAUAAGAACUCAGUUCCAGGUGACAAAAGUGCACAAGUCCCUGGCGGUAUCAGGAUUGGAACACCGGCAAUGACCACCAGAGGACUAAAGGAGAAGGAUUUUGAAACUGUUGCCGACUACAUUCACGAGGGUGUUCAGAUUGCUCUGAGAGCCAAAUCCUGCACAAAAGGAACGAAGCUCAAAGAUUUCCUGGAGAGUGUCGUAUCUCCAGAAUUCUCUUUAAAAGAGCCAGUUGCAGAACUCAGGAGAAAGGUAGAAGCUCUUACGAACCAGUUCCCAAUGCCCGGAUUGUGAGAAUCAUAUGCAACAGCAAUCAUAACCCAUCAAUAAUUUUCACACCUGUUGGGAAAAGUUUCCAUCAGUGUUUGAUAGAAUUGUCAUAAAUAAAGUUGUCGGAAAGUUUUCUAUAAGAGUUUCAUGGAAUUGUGAUUGGGUAAAAUUUUCUUGAAUAGAACUUGAAAAUGUGAUACAAAAUUAAGUGGUUCGGUCUUAUCGAGCGGGUUCGUUGGAGCCAAGUAUGGUUUCACCGUUCCCCCAGAUUGUUUACCUUCAAAGUUCUUUUGUCAUGAACGAUAAAGAUCAAUGUAUGAAAAUGUUGUUACGGUA